AUUCACCAAAACAAAUUUUUACAUGCGGUGAUUUGGUUUUUAAUUUGUUAAUAACAAAAAUAACUUAGCAGUGCUAUAAAGGCGUUACUUUUAGUUGACACAGACCGAUAAAAUGCCUUCCUAUGAAUUGGCGCUGGUGCUGCGCCAGCUUCCGCGGCCGGAAUUAAUUUCAGUCAUAAAACGCACAGCUGAAGCAAUAUUCGAUAAAGGCGGCAUUAUUCGCAAGUUUGAAAAUCUCGGAACACGUGCCUUGCCAUUCAAGGUAAGCGAACAUGGCGUUGUACACCGGGAAGCGACCCACUUUACGAUUACGUUCGACACGGCGCCCACAAAACUGUCGGAUCUCAAGGAGGAGUUCGGUCGAGACAUCGAUAUAAUACGCAGAUACAUCUUCAAGGUGGAGGAACCAGAGGAAUACAAGUGCACAUUGCAUGAGGAAAUGCUGCCGCCAGCCUAUCGCAAGGAUGUGCAGGAGUUAAUUGAUAUCGCCAAAAGGAAACAGAAGCCUAAAUAUAACUACAACUCAGGACUGGACUAUUAUCCCUUCCAGAAGUAGACUCAAAGAAGGUUUGAACAAUAAAAACUGAACUGUUAAA